CAAUUUAAAAUUUAAAAAAAAAAAAAAAAAAAAAAAAAACCCCCUAAAAAUCCCAAAUUUUGUCAAUCAUCGUCGGACCCUUAAAAGUCCACCGUUUCACUUCAAUUCAUAAGAACCCUAGAAUUGGAUUCUCAAUUCUCCAUCCAAUCGAUGCCUGCAUUGUUUCAGUACCAUGGCGAUUGUCCCCUACUGCUAAGUUUCAGGCUUUUUCUUAGUUCCGAUUGAAAUGGUCUGUAGGAGCUAUAGCACUGGCAAUGAUUUUCUCUUUGUAUUCCUGACUCGACAUUCUUCGCAAUGCAAUUAGUACCAAAUGAUACUCAUAAGGAAGAUAUUACAGAAUGCGAACCCAUCUUAUGUCAGUCUGACAUUUCACAGAGACCCGCAGAAUCUUCAUCCUCAUGUGAAAUUAAAGCUGUGCUAGGUGACUUUCCUGCUGUUGAUGAAGAGGCACAAAUUUUUGACGUCAAUGAAAAUUCUAAGUUGGUGAACGCAGAGCAACCACAGUGUCGUAUUUGCCUUGAUAUUGAAGAAGGGGAAGACUUAAUUGCUCCAUGCCAUUGCAGAGGUACUCAGAAGUAUGUCCAUAGAUCAUGUCUUGAUAAUUGGAGGUCAACAAAGGAGGGCUUUGCUUUUGCUCAUUGUACAGAAUGCAGGGCAGUGUUCAUAUUACGAGCGAAUGUCCCUUCUGAUCGCUGGUGGUUGAGAUUGAAAUUUCAGUUCCUUGUUGCUAGAGAUCAUGCAUUCAUUUUCAUCAUCGUGCAGCUGAUUGUGGCAUUCUUGGGAGUGAUGGUAUACAAAUUUUAUGGAGACGAACUAAGGGAGAUGUUUGGUUAUGAGGAGCACCCGUAUGGGUUUUAUACUAUGGCUGUUUUAGCUAUUGUUUUGGUGGGUUUGCUUUAUGGCUUCUUCAUAGCCAUAAUAUGCGGACAGAGAAUCAACGAACGGCAUUAUCAUGUUCUUGCCAAACAAGAAUUAACAAAGGAAUAUGUUGUAGAAGACCGAGAAGAUAAUAAGAAUGCCCCCGAGCUAGACCCCAGCCAUGUGACAGAACUGAGAAUGUUGGGCCUUUAUUAGUUGGAAGUCUUCUUUCUCUAGAUUGUCUUGUCUUGUUUUUGUGUGGCUUGUAAUUUUCCAAGUGGAAGAGAGUAAAACGACAUUUUCCUGUUCAGAUUCUUGAUUAGCCGAAUACCACCUUGAUUUCUGCAAGCUGUGCUUGCACUACUUUAUACUUAAAUCCGUGCACUACAUAUCCCACUUGCUUCUUCAUGGUCCUGCUUUGCUCCGGCUAUCUUUUUUAGAUAUGGGAUUUGGGGUUCUAACUCAGCAAUGAACCUGAAAAUGUCUUUUCUCCUCACCAGGUACAUGGAACUGAUCAACAAGCAUUGUCCUUGAUGUCAAACGGAACUGAAAUUACACAUUUGGUUUGUUUUUUUUUUUUUUUUUGAAAAAUUCAUAUACGUGAAUCUUCAUUUACUUGUGAAUUAUUCUUAGUUGUCAGUAUAUUUUUACAAAUAAAAUACUUAGGAUUGUCGAGCAGAAAACCGCAGUUUAUACUUUUUCUGCUUUCAUUGUACAUCCCAUUGUUUUCUUUUCCUCUUGUUCAUCCUGGUUGGACAGUUGUAAUUGAAUCUCCAGUGUUAUGUUAAAUUCUUUUCUCUUUGCA